AUGAACAAUUGGAUCACCUUGAUACUCAUUAUGUGGCAAAUAUCUCAUACUUGGGGGCUACCAAUGGAUAACUUUGAAGCCUUUCAGGUUCCUGAAUACACACAAGAUGGCUUUCAAACAGCAAUCAAAGACAUUAAUCCAAGUGCAAGGGCUAGUCCAUCCUUACAGCACACAAAUCUGAAUCACCUUGACUGCAUCUCACAUGGAUUGAUUCAUGAAAACAACCACAUAUACCAUACCACAUCAUCAUAUAAUCCCUUUGAAGAAUUUGAGGGUUUGAGUACAAGUGGCCUAAGGCUACAUGAAGCUGGAUAUUUGCAAGGAAGCCAAAUCCCAGAAAGAUCAUUUAAUGAAUUCACUCAUAAAAACCCAAACUAUUUUACAUUGGAAGAUCCACUUUCAACAUCCAUCAAUCCCAUCAAUCUGGAUUUACAUACAGAGGAUGGAGUAAAAAAUCCUUUAGAUGGUACCGAAUGGUUAGAUGACUGGAUCCAAAAAUUACAAUCUCCAAAGAUCUUGCAUACCCUACCUCUGGAUAGUGGACAAACCAGAAUCCGUCCUUCAACCUUCAUUCCUAGCAAAGUAAACACUUUAGAAUUUCAAUCCACACCUCUCCUGGAAUCCGGAGACUUUCACAAGUCCCAAACACAAUCUCCACAAUCAUUUCUCCAGUUGUCACAAUUGAUAGACAGCUACAUGCAUGAAUGGGUGGAACCCAACCAGCUGUCUGCUCAUCAAUCAGACGUUGUACAGGACAGCUUGAUAAAUCAUCCUUUCAUUCCUAUUCUUUCCUCCUCAGAGGAUUUGUUGGCCUCAAAUCAUAACACACCAAUGGAAAUCUAUCCAGGAGAUCAAAGAUUUUCUUCUCUAUCUCAAACUGAAAGAAGACAUAAUCUAUCCAAUACACUCUUUGCAAAAUCUAACAUCAUGAAUGUCAAUGAUAUUGCUGAAGAUAUGAGUGGUCAGAAGCACCAUUUCUCAACGGUGGAAUCUCAGGUGUGGGCCUUGGGGGAGGAACCACAACAACAAAAACAUAUACUUUCAUCAUCAAGUGUGGCUAUAGAGGAGAAACUAACAGAAAUAGUCCCAGUGACCCACGGUCCUUCUUCAUCAAUGUUGGAUCCAGAUGGGUCUGUAUUCCAAGAAACAUCAAUGGCCCCAAGCAUGGAUAACAUUGCAAACAAGGAUCAAGAGAAAAAGACCAUUGUGAAUAAAAGGAAAAGGCCUACUUCACCGGGGUUGCACAGGCUAAAGUUAACUGAAACAGUAACCAAGAGCAAUACUGAAAUUUCCGGAACUAAGAAUGGUUGGAUUUACCAAUAUCUCAAGGGCUCAAAAGACCAUGACCACAAGAGAUUAUUUCCAAACUUGAUGUUCCUGAUCAGGGAUUUUGGUGAAUCAGAUCAUGCCUCACAUGUCACUCGUAAAGUCCAUAUGGUUCUUCCAGGGCUACUAGAUUUGAAUGAAAGUUCUCAUAAAAGUGAGCUUUGGACCAUGAUCAGAAAGUCUCAAGAAGCUUUGAAUAUGCCCUUUAUCAACCUUUUAUUAAUCUUACACCCUGAAACAUCUACUCAAGACGGUUCCAAAGAUACACUGAUUCAAGAUGGAUUAAACUUCUUGAAUGACAUGAAUUCUCAAUGGUUUUCUUUCAAAGUUAAAAAAGACUUGGAGGCCUGGGAGGUUCCCCCUGACCAUCACUUUGAUGUAUCAGAACCAUUUUCUUUCCUGCAAUAUGUCUCAGAAUUGUGGGGACCAUCAAGACUUAGUCUGACAAGUCUUUGGAAAGUGUGGAAGAGAUGGUUCAGGAGCUCUCAAUACCCAAGUAAACACACUGUUGUGGGAAUCAAUCAAUUUUCUAGGUUAAUUGCCAUCAACCUUGUAAAGCUGAAAUCAAGAACCAGUAAAAGUGAGUUUGACACAACAUUAGAACACAGUUACUUGAACACAUGUCAUACACUUCAGCUGGAAGAAAAUAGACCUGGAAUACUUGAACAAGCUAGUGUGGGUGGCAGGUCCCCAUGGUCAGAGUUGUACCAUCCAACAAUACGUACUGGUAAAUAUCAAUAUGAAAUGUUAACACUACGCGCUGAAGCAGACAAAUGUUUUGACCAUUUUCAGGAAGCACUCAACUUUAAGUGUUUGUCUGGAAAUCAACAAAGUACAAAAUGCUUAAAAAGAGUUGAAUCAUUUGUCAGGAUGAUCUACAAUGACCUUACACCAUGCUUCCUUGGUAGCCUUUUGGCUCUGAAAUCAAAAUUCAAGAGCAGUGCAUCCAUAGAAGAUUUAAUUGAUGAUGGUUGGAUAUUCUUAAUCAACUUUUUUGGUUCACUUACAAAACCAUAUGGGUCAACUGAAACAGAGCUUAAGGAGGUUGAUCUGGUUGAACAGGAGGCUAUGCUGAACACAUUGAAAUUCCUUGAGAGGUCACAUAUUUCAGGACCUUUCCCCUUGAGAACGGUCUUCUCACUUGUAAUGGCCUGGUUGAAACAAUCUUCAUUUCUAGACAAGGCCAUUGUUCAGGACUUGGAGGAGUUCUUAGUCAUUGUCACAAACAGUCAUGCUAUAGAUAGGUUCCCAGUCAUGGAAACCAAACACAGCUAG